AUGAUGCUAAUGAGACCGAACAUGUUCAGCUUCAGCUAUCCCACCGGCGAACCUCAGACCCCCACGAGGACACCUACCACCGCCGCAUAUGACUCCUUCACCACUCCCAAACUUGAGUCCAGUUUCUUUGACCCUCGGGUCACCUGGGAUACCGCAGACCCCUAUGCCUCGAGCCCCGAGUUCCUUCGUUCGCCACAGAAGUUCGGUAUCGGCACCCCCUCAAACGGAUUGAGACCACAGGACUCCAAGGAUGGGAGAGUGUUGGACCAAACCGACACGGCCAGACGAAUUCGGCCUGUGAAACCACUGCCCAGCGUGGUCGAGGAUGGUCCGCAGAUAGGCUCGGCCAAGUCUGCAGCCUCCAUGCAGACGCCGCCUCCGACGAGUGCGUCAAGACGCAAAAUCCCGGAUUUUGACCCACCCAACACCACUGCGAGAGGGACUACACCACAAAUGGCAACCCACCUAGAGACUCCCAGUCGUCUACUAGGGACCUCCCCGCGGAUGUUUGGCAACUUGCAGUCCUCGCCGGACCUCUUCCAGCUGGCCUCAAUGGAUCCUUCGGCGUCUCCCUUCUUUCCGCAACAACGGCUAUUCUGGGACCAAGAGCACGAGCAGCAGACUGAUUUCCCUUUACCCAGCACCGGUCGAAUCCAGGCCCAUGGUCAUGCACAGAGAUUGGCGACACAUGCCUCUAUGAACACGCACAUCCCUCAAUUGCCCACUAUCGAUGGCACCAUGGACCUCCCCGACUUUGGCGGGUUUGGCAUCUCCUCCGCACCGCCUACCGAUGCCGCCUUGUUCCCGGCUCCAUUCUCAACCUCUCCUCGGAUUCCAGUCGCCAAAGCAGAAGAUCCCGCUAUGUUCUUAAGCUCUCCUGCUCGGCGUUUCGGCGGCCCUCAGAUGACUCCGGAAAGACGGCAUUUCGGAAUGCGGCAGCCAUACCACCACCAAACGGAAGAAUCGAAACGGGAAGAGUUUCGUCGGGCUCAGGUGGGAGAUGCACGGCCUCCUGGAUCGUAUUCGAGUUUCUCUGAAGACGAGACGGAAGAUGACGACUUCACUCCGCGUGGUCGUCCUGGCCUGACCCGGAGUGUGACACAUACAGCUAUCACCAGUUCCUCCCAUCGAUCACUCAGUCAAGCUGGGGGCAUGAUGGCCUCGACGAGCGGAAUUCGUAAGAGCCCUUCAAAAGGCCGAGCCUCCCCGGCUAAGAAUAUGCGUCCGGUCCCUUUGGGACGGUCCAAUUCUGUUGCAACUGGGAUUCCAACCCGAUCUUCUUCGGUGGUGCUACGUAUUGGCCGGGAUGGACGUGCAAAGACGGAGAUGCAGCCGGUGGACGAGGGGCCUACAGGACUGACUGAUCCUCUGACCGGUAUGGAUCUUGACGGUUCUGCUACCGAGAGCGAGGCCGACCCUGCAGAGUACUCUGAUUAUCCUGUUCUACCUCGCGCUCAGUCUUAUUUUACUCCCUUUGAUGGCAACCGACCCGAUCUCGCUCGUAGUGACUCUGGUUCUCGCCCUCUUUCGAAGGGAUCAUAUGCGUCCAUUGGCUCAUCCCAUUCCGGACGGAUGUCUCCUUGGGCUGGUUCUUCUCGAGGUGUUAGUGGUCGAUCUACCUACCGGGGAUCUCCCGAUGCUAUCAAACGGACACCGAAGCGGCACUCAUCAGUGCUCCUUUCUGAUGCAUCUUAUACGCGCGGCAGUAUUGCAUCCGAGACAUUACCUGGUGACGAGGAUGACAGUGGUGAUGCCACUCAUGCUCUCCGGCAGGUUCUGAAAGAGCGUGGCCGUGGCCCCAGACCUUCUACCGGUGGCUAUGGCGCUCGACUGCCGCGGUCAUCACACACAUAUACUCACCUCCGUUCCUCGCCUCCCCGAUUAAAUAGCGACUUUGAUCUCCAUCCUCGACACUCCAAUAAUUCUCCCACUACCUUGACUGAUCCUGACCUGGCCACCCCGAGCACCGACCGCAACAUUAGCAAUCCGAGUAAUGGAACACGCUGCAUCUGCAACUCUAUGGAUAAUGGUGGCCAUCUUAUGAUUCAAUGUGAAUCAUGUAGCCACUGGUUACACACCAAAUGCGUCGGGCUAGAACGGGCAAACCUGCCCUCAUUCUAUGUAUGCAUGUUCUGCGACCAAACCCCCUCGCGACAGAACCGUGUUCGGUCCGGGUACGGACCCGGUGGCGGCCCUCCAUCCCCUCUGGCACACAAGUCCUAUCGAUUCCGAUAG